AUGGCAGGAAAACUUAAAGAAUUGAUUAUUGAUGAAAUUGCGUGGAAAUCUAUAAAAAAUGACGGUCUCGAUAUCGAAUAUUCUACCCCUAUUCCUAGAGCACUUGCAUCUGCAAUUAUAAAGGAACUUGAUGAAACGCUGGAAUAUUUUACAGGAGAUUUAGCCAAAAUUAGGGUAUUUGGAAAAAUAUAUCCUCUACCUCGACAGCAAGUGGCUUACGGAGAUCCAGGAAUCACUUACACGUAUUCGAAUCUCACUGUUCCUGCUUUACCAUGGCCGGAUCCAGUCCUAGCAUUGCGAAAUUUCAUUUUCAGACUCAAGGGCAUCAAAUACAACUUCGUUUUGGUCAACAAGUAUAGAAAUGGAAAUGAUCACAUGGGCGAACAUAGAGACAAUGAACCUGAAUUGGACCAUAACGGAUGCAAGAAAAUCUGGACCAAAUAA